GACAGCAGCCAGCAGCCCUAACCUAAAACAAUGUGUGGAAAACAUGUCAACAACACUUCGUCCAAAAGUUUUUCAUCCUUCGAUAGAAUAUGUUUCUUAGUAUAAAAUCCCUCAUGAAUUGCUCUCUUUCUAGUGAUUUGAUUUUCCGUUUUGUUUCCCUGUACCCUAAGGGUAGGGUAGUUAAACUGAACUGAUGGUAUCUCACAACCUUCAAAACAGUUCGCCCAAACAAUCAGCAAUGGAUGAGUUUGAUCCAGUCUCCAACCUUGAGAGGUUAAAAAUCUCAACUCUGAAGAAAGCUAUUGCUCUUAAGAAUAGCUGUGGAGGAGUAACUAUCGGCCCAUCAUCAAAACAUAACGGGAGUGCGGUAAAAAAUGGGAGCGCCAAUGGAGAAUUUGCUACCUCUACACCCAUCAAAGAGAAACAUUCGCCAGGAGGCGAAAAUAGUUUUUCUCCGAGGAGACUUACCUUUGAUGUCACUUCGGACAAAUCAUCCAUUCAUAACCACUCCACUCAAGAAAAAGUUGAGGCUGUACCUCAUACGCUACUCCUGAAUGUGUAUGAGCAAAAACUCAGAGAAAAUGUGAAGGAAGCAAUGCAACGCCGGCUAGAAAAGUUCAGAGAAAUGGAUCGGAAGUCCAAAGAAGAGCUGGAAUCCUUAAAGAAUGCAAUGAAAAUGGAGGCUUUAUCGAAAGCGGCUAUCGAGCAUGAAAGAUUACAGAAAGAACUAGAAGAGGAAGAGAAAAAUGCAGCCAUUCGUAUGGAACAACUGAUGAUUAGAAAUGAAAAUCAUGCUAAGAGAUUAAAUGAAGUUACUGCUAAAGUUAGAGAAUUAGAAAAGAAAGAACUAGAAGAACAGGAAAUCAAAAGAGCAAAAUGGAAAGAAAGGAAGAGCAAUCUGGACAAAAUUUUUGCAAAUCAGCUGCUGUUUAGACAGAAAUAUCAAGAGUUCUGUGAAUUCAUUCGCAAUUGUGAUACCUCCAAGGAACUUAUGGCUGUGAUUUCGUCUGAUAUCGACAAGGCACGAUUUGUAACAGACUCCAUGGAUGAUUUUGUCGAGAAAUGCAGGGAUGGUGUGGUAGAGGCAGCUGACGUAGAAAACGCCGCAAGCUUUGUAGCACAAAUCAAUGAAAUUUAUAAUCACAUGAAAGCUCAAGCUGAUAAAUUCAAAUCAGAAAAAGCUGUUCGUGAGAGCGCUCCUGUACCACCCGGAAAUGAAGGAAAUACUUUUCAUCCUGCCGGAGAGACGAAGAGUGAAGAUUCUCAAGAGUUUUCUAGCAAUCUUGGGACUGGAGAGUAUGCAGAUCCUAGAUGCCUUAAAACAUACAACCAGUUAAAUAAAUUCUUAAAAGCGGUGGAAGAAUCUUUUGUGCCUUUCUGCGCUGAUCCCAGUCUCAAACAAUUCAGAUUCUUGUGCCAGAAAGCGGUCAUUACUCCUGUCAAUGCUAUCUCUCCAGAAAGCAAAGCCCAUCUUGUAGAUAAAUAUAAUAAAUUGUCGAAUCUGCUAGCCGGCAGAUCAGUUACUGUCAAUAAUAAAUCAUUCAGUGCGACCAGUCAUCCCCUGGGACUUCAAUUCUGUAAAUAUACAUUAGCAAAAAAAUUCGUGGAACAAGGAGAGAAGAAUGUCUCUAGUCACCCAGAAGCGGCAUUUGCUAUCGCCACCAUCAUUGUAGCUUUAUGGCAGUUGUACCCAGAUUUUGGUCAGCUUUUGCUUGCAUUCUUUCACAGAGUAAACCCUUACUUGAUACCUGCUUGCUGGCCACAAGUGGAAGGACAAUCCAACAAAGAUUAUUAUAAAUUAUUAGGUUACGAGUACUCGGAGGAUGAUGAGGUAGAGAAACAAGAUAAGUACUUAAAACGACUAUCUGGUGUUGUCAGACUGUAUGCUGCUAUCACUAUAACAAAAACCAAGGCUGGUGUGGACAAUCAUCCUCACGGCUUAUCUAAUGCUUGGCGAUGGUUUGCAGCCAUUCUCAAUCUUGAGCCUGUACCUGAUGUCACAGCAACAUUCCUCCUAGAUUUUAUACAAGUUGCAGGACCUGACAUGGCUAAAUUUUACCAGAAACAGUUCCAAAAGCUAUUAGCUUUUAUCUGUAAAGAAUAUUUUCCGUUAAUUGAAAAGGUUUCUCCUGAGGGUGGCGGAGCUCCAUUAAACAGGUUAAAAGAGGCCUUAAGUCAGAUCUUGAAAAAGGGACAAAUACCCCCUCCAAAAGGUUUACUACCCCAAUCCUUUUGGAUUUAGUAAGAAAACAGUAUGUAUUAUUAUCAUUCUGAUUAGUACUUCAAUUGAUCCAGGUACCUGAAUUUUUUUUAUUGCCAUUUAUCAAAUGCAUGUAUAUAAAACACUUUGGAUAGAAUAUUUGUAAAAAAAUUUUAAAAUCAUCCAGAUCUACUCUCUCGGAGGAGCUACUGAAGUAUAGAACAGAUGCCCUGCAUCUAAAAUAUUAGUGAUACUAAUUCUAAUUUUUUUUAUAAAAUAGGUAAUCAAUUUUACUUUCAAUGCCCUUUGGCACAGGGCCAAACAGUAGGUCCUUGUCUUGAAGAGCCUGCUUUUUUAGCAGCCAUGUGAAUCUUCUUAGAGUUAUUGCAAAAUAAGUUUGUGCACCUUUAGCGCGCAACUGAAAAUUAGCUGUCUUCUGUUUAGCAUCAAAAGUAAAUGGAAGAAUCAAGAUAACAGAUCUUCUUUGAUGAUUCCCCUGUGCUCUAGAGGUGAGUAAACUUAUUUGGUGUGGACUCUACUUUGGAAGGACUUAAAAUGAAUUUAACUAAUUUAGAUUUUACCCUCUUAGAAAUAAUUUUAGGUAGAAUUGAGUAAUUUAUUUUUAAAAAAAUAAGCCUCUUCAAAGAUAGUAACAGAAGAGAAAAUUGAAAAAUUGAAUACCGGAGAAUCCAAAUAAUCAUUUUCUUGUUUCUCCUGUUCAUUGCAUCUAAGGAUGUUACCUCGUUUUUUUCUUUUUUGUUUCAUUGUCAUCAUUUCCAUGUCUUUUCAUGAAACUUCUGUUAGACUAACAACUGUUUUUUACUCAGCUAUCAAAAAUGUCCUGAAAAAUUAUGAAAGUAUAGUUUGAAACCAUGGUGCCCUUUUACUGAUAAUUAGUCUCAUGCAAGAAAAUAAUAGAAGGGGAAGUUAGAAAUAAUAAAAAAAUUAUAUACUCAUGACUGAAUGUCAACUCAUUUUGUAAAUGCUGUUUUGAAUGGGCCGCUAGACAAAGUAUGAAUUAAAGCAUGUUGCAGUAUAUCAUCGGUUAAAAAUUUCUUGUGGGGAACUCACUCUGUGUUCAAAAUACUAAUAUUUCGUUCUGGGGUUGAUUUUUUAACUCCUUGUUUUGUGAAUCGUUUUCUACGAAAGAUUCUGAAGGGAAAACAUGUGACGCUUUUUCUGGAAAAGAUCUAAACUCAAACCUUGUCUAGUGGCCCAAGUAUAAAAUAUCAAUGUGAAUCAUUGACUGAAUUUGUGGUCGUUAGUGAGAGAGCCGUGCUCUAUGUAACUUGCUCAACACCCAUUUUUUUAAAAAAUUUAUAAUUCAAAUGUUAGAGAAACCUCAGGAAGAAUCUAUAUCUGCACGAAACUUUUCCAAUGUCUUCAUGUUUGUUUUAGCCUUGCAUUAAUUGUGGAAUAAUUAAUUAUUUUAGUCUCAAGGUUAGUGUAAAUUUUUUUCUUCUUAACAGAAAUGUUCUCUGCAGGAAUGAUCAAAUGUAAUUUACUCAAUUUUAAAUAAAUAACAAAAAAUGUUGCAUUGUUUUAAAAGCUAUAGUAAUUCAUGUACAUCAAUUUUACCAAAAGGAUCUUUUUUACAUGAAUCUUUUAAUUUUUAAGCGCAGAUUGGUUCCUUUUCUUGAGUUCAUCUUACAUUUUCAGACAAUUGAAAACUUGUUCCUAUGCAUUUUAAAGAGGGGGAAAAACCUUUGGAAUAAAUCAAUUUCACAAGUUUUUUUUGUGUGUUUAAAUCUUUUUAGUCAUCUAAAAGUAGUACAUCCAAUGAACCAUGUCGUUUCCAUCAUUUUCCUCAGAAUUCUGAAACAAAGAAAGAAAAAUCCAAAGACUUUUUUAUUGAAUCUAUCUUGUACACACUAGAAGUAAUAUUUUGUAAGCUGCAGUUGCUCAACUGACCAGCAAAAAAAAGCUGGGUGUUAAACUGACUGAUGUAAUUUUGCUCUCAAAUCGAAGAGUAACUCGCAUAAAGUGAAGGGACUGAAAACUUUUUCUGGAUUUUAAAGUUUAUCUCAAACUACUUAAAAUGAAAUUUGGUGUUUCAACUCGCAAAAGCAGAAAAUUUUGAAUGCUUUGCUUGUGCAUUAUCUCCAUUAUAUUCGCAUGUUUCAUAUUUGCUCAAAUCUGCAAGAUAGAUGCUCCAUGUUCGAAAUGAUCGAGAACCAUUACCUGAGCCAGACCAUUACCCUGAUCAUAUCAAGAGUUGCAAAAAAAAUCAAACAGCCUCACAAGCAGGUCAGCCACAAAAUAGAACAACAUUAAGUGAAAAUAUAAUCCCAUGUCUGUGUACUAUCAAGUACUUCUAUUAUUGAUCAGAAGCAAACACUCAAGCACCUUCCGAGGCAGCAAAAAAAAAAAAAA